AUGCGUACCUCUAUUGUCUUCCUCUCGGCUUUGGCCACCUCGGUCAUGGGUGCCAAUUCCACCACUUACACCCUCCCCGCUGGUUUCAACGUUGGCUUGGUGGACUCCAGCGAGCGCAGCGCUUGGUGCUCUGCUCAGCGUAACACCUGCCCCGACAUCUGCCAGGAUGGAACAAGGUUGAACUCGUGCGACUCGAACACCUUGGACUUCAGCUGUGUCUGUGCCGACGGGUCCACUCCCGAUGUCACCCCCUUCAAGCAGACUGUGCCUUUCUUUGUCUGCCAGGCCAAUUACGGCCAGUGUAUCAACUCGCACCCCGACGAUGCCGAGGGUCAGCGCACUUGCAAGAAGAACGCCGUGUGCGGUUCCAAGAACGCCACCGAGGAGGCCGAUAGCUCUUCUUCUUCCACUACUACUGCGGCUUCCACUACUCUCGCCAUGGCCACUUCCACCGACUCUACUGCCUCCCAGACUUCGUCCGUGGCUGCUGCCAGCGCUACUACCAGCAACCCCGCUGUCGCCCUCGGUGGUGAUAUGACCAAGUACUCCACUGGUUUCAUGGCCGGUCUCAUGUUCGUUGCUGCGCGCAUGAUCCUGUAA